AUGACUAAGACAUCCUGUAACUCAUAUAGCCUCUUCCAGUCCUCCUUGCAAGAUGAUGCUCCAUCUGAGUUGAAAGUUAAGCCAGGAGAGAAUAGCGCAACAUGUGAUUUACAGCAAGAGGAACAAAGGAGAGAGGAUGUCGCCAACUCAAAAGCAAAGGAAAUCCUUAAAGUCUACUUUAAGGAAACCCUUGCCUUCACUGGAUUCAGCAUAGGGAACGAUGCAAACCCCAACACAGAUGAACCGAUGGGAGACCACAGAGGACAACAGUCUCUCAACCCCAUCUGUGUUGAAAGAAUUGACCAGAAAGAAGUCCUUCAGUUCAGCGAGGACCUCAUGCGGGAGGAGAUCCGGAACAGUUUGAGGUUGGCACGCUUUUUCUCCAUCCUGCUUCAAGAUGUGACAAACAUCGAGGGAAAAGAUCAGAUCCCAGUUUUCAUCAGGUCCGUCACUGUGGCAGGGUUCCCUCAGAAACACCUCAUGGGUUUCCUGCCCUGUUAUGCAGAUGCUGAGGGUCUGUUUUACAUGCUGCUCUCAGAAAUUCGGAAUAAGUGGGGGCUGCGGAUGGAGCAUUGUCGAGGACUUACCUACCUGACCACAGGUGGUUUAUGUCAGAAAAUGAAGGAUCUCACCAGCAGGAUUCUGCAGGAGUUUCCUCAGGUAGUGCUAGCACCUAGUGACCCAUACGCCUUUAACAUGUGGCUAAUCCGCUCCAUGCCCAUACCUUAUAUCCAGAAGGUUGUGAACACAGUGGAGGAGGUCGCCACAAUAAUUAGAGGAUCCCCAGAUCUUUGGGAAAGACUGGAGGUGAAAAUCAAGUCUUCAUACAGCCACCUUAAAGGUGAAGUGGACAGGAUCAUAGAGGCUUCCCAGAACACCUGGGAGUAUGGUGUUGAUGCCUUCCAGACCAUGUUGGACAUUCUUGAACCAUUCCUCGCCUGCAUCAACGAGGUGUGCUCGGCUGCGAACGCAGACACCGCUACUUGUGAGCAGAUGGCCAAGCUCAAGCCGAUCCUGAAGAACUUCAAUUUCAUUAUCACCCUGGUUGUUCUGAAGAAUACCCUCUGUUGCGUGAGUAUCCUCAACCCGAGUCUCAGGGGAGCCAUCAGCAUCAGCAGCACCUUGCAGUACACAAUCUCCAACGCCUUAAAGCUGGUCAACAAACAUCUGCAGGAGAUCGCAAUAUUCCACAGGAAGUGGUUUUCUGACGCAGUGGGCAGGGCUAAGAAGCUGGGAGUGGAGGUCGCUAGGCCGGAUGAGAGCUCACCUGAGACUGGCGAGGCAGUUGCAACUGAAACCCCUCUGGAGGAUUUCUACAGAGAGACUCUGAGCAGGCAGAUCUUACAGUACCUUGUUGCGGAGGUAAAGCGGGUGUUUAGCACUGAGAUGGUUCGGAUUCUGAGAUGGCUCUCAUUGGUGCCGUCUUACAUGGCUGACCACAAUUUCAGUAUCCGCAGGGAUAAAGUGGCGGACGCAAACUUGAACAACCUUGCCCGGCCUGACACGUUUUACGAUGAGCUUGGUUGCUGGGAGGUGAAGUGGAGACACGCUAGCAAGCGGAGGAUCCUGCCCACAACAGUGUUUGCAACAUUGAAAAUCCCAGACAUUGCAUUUUACCCAAAUGUGCAGAGCCUGCUGAGAGUUUUGGGAACCAUCCCCUGUGUGAACGCAGAGGCAGACGUGUAUGGGCAGUACAACAUGGUGCUGGAGCGGUACCAGUCUUACCUGAAAGCCACACCGGAGGAUCAGAGACUGUGCAACAUGGCAUUUGUCUAUGUCAAUCAAGACGUGCACUUCAAUGUGGAAGACAUGGUUGAGUCCUAUGUGGAGAAGCAUAUUGACAUAUUGCAGUUUUUGCAUAUGGAUGAUGAGGUAAUAGAGAUGCAGCCUGAAGCUGAACCUGUCUCUGAGAAUGAUGGGAAUCACACUCUAAAAGAGAAUGUUGAAGAAACACAAGAAGAACCACAGGACAUCAUACCCUCUGAGAUGGAGACCGAGAGAGUGGGGCAACCGAAACUCCCAGCCACAGAAACUAAUAAGGAGGCACUCAAAUCUGCUCUGCAGGUUGCUGUGACAGCUGCAUAUAACAGCCAGAGCAGACAGCCUGGUGAGGCCUCUGCAGAACAGGAUGGCGAGGUUGAAGACUCAUUGAAAUAUGUGUCGAAGUCUGAGAUGGAAGAAGUUCUCAGAGUUUGUGGACAGUUUUGA